AUUUCAUCAUCGAACAAGAGGACAGCUCACAAUAACACCUCCAUUACACAGGUUUGAUAGGAUUUUUCCGAUAGUCCUUCCUUCGGCGCACGUUAUCAAUUUCUGCAGCGCGAUAGCGAAUAGCGGCGGCGGCUCAACAUGACUUCCCACGAUGUCCGCGACAUGCUAGAUCUCCCAGGAGAGGCAGCCCCGAGACCGAUCAAGAAAGCAAAGCUUACGGGCCCGCGACCAGUUCUCAAAGGUCUUGCGCGAGAGGUUCAGAAUCUAGGAGGCGAUAAUCCGAUUGCAAUUGUACCAGAGACUACAACCUUCAAGAAGAAGAGGUUUGGCAGCAGGAAACCAGCGGCGAAGUGGGAAAAUCAAUCUUUCAGGAACUCCGCCAGAGAGGAUGAAACGCUGGUCUUGAAGCACUGGAGGAGGAAGGCAGAGUCGCCUGCAGUUGCGCCUGGAGACGAGGGAACGGCUGCGCCGAACGAGGUCAAGCUGGAGGACUCUACAUUUGCGAAGUACAAUGUCAAGGUCAUUACUGCCGAGUACAAUGAUGAACAGUAUCAAAAGCAUCUCCUUAGUGAGGAUUGGUCAAGAGACGAGACGGAUUAUCUGGUAUCGAUGGUACGGGACUAUGAUAUGAGAUGGCCUGUUAUUUGGGAUCGAUACGAGUACCAACCACCAGCUAUAACUCUGGAUCCACAAGCUGCCGAACUGGCUAUCGUUACGGCUUCGAAGCCUAGGACUCUAGAGGAUCUCAAGGCGCGGUACUACAGUGUCGCAGCGACUAUGAUGAAAGUGCACAAGGCUCCAGAGACGAUGGUUGCGGCGGAGUACGAGCUAAUGGAGAAGAUGGCAAGCUUCAAUCCUCAACAGGAAGCUCAGCGGAAGCUUUUCGCGGAGGCUGCUUUCCAGAGGACAAGAGAGGAAGCGAGGGAAGAGGAGAGCCUAUUGAUAGAGCUCAAGCGAAUUCUUGCCAGGUCAGAGAAGUUGUCUGAGGAGCGGCGAGAGCUUUAUGCCAGACUCGACGCACCAGCAAGCACGGGCAACAUCGGCGUCUUCACUACGAGCCAAGGCUUGCAGCAGUUGCUUCAGCAGCUUAUGCAAGCUGACAAAACCAAGAAGAGGAAAUCACUUAUGGGCCCAGAUGGUACCAGUCCUGCAGGUCCGAGCGGAUUAAAUCAGCAAGCCAGCUUCGACCGCCGUGACAGUACUGUUCGCGGUGAAUCUAUUUCUGGCCCCAGUGGAACGAACAACAAGAAAGGUCCAUCUCAGGGUCAGACGGAGCGUCGUCAACUCAGUGCAGAAGAGGAGAUACUCUAUGGCGUCCGGCAUUUUGAUCGAAUUACAAGCAGUGGUCCAGCUUUCCGAGCUGAGAGGAUUAACAAGCCCAUUACAAGCAAAUCUUCUAUUCAGCAACAGAAGAUGCUUAGCGUCCUUACCGAAUUGGGUAUUCCGCACCGUCUCAUCAUGCCUACAUAUGCUGUGGGAGAGGCUUUUGACCAUUUAUUGACGAAUAUCAAUCUGUUGCUUGAGCAAAGGAAAGUCACGGAGAAGAUUCAAAGCGAGAUCAAUACCAUUCUUGCGAUCAAGAAGCAAAAAGAAGAAGAGGCAGAAUCGAAACAAAUCUUGAGACAGCCAGAAGCAGUCUCCGGCAGCGGUGAUGUGAAGGUAGAGGAAGUAGAGAGGGAAAAGAGUGCUGCGCCAAGUAUCAAUGGACGCAAGCGUAGCGCUAGUGUGAUGAGUGCGGUCAGUGAGAGUACCAAACGACAAAAGAAGUGAAAUGGUAGCCUUUCAGGACUUGUAUAUUUAGCUGUACACAUAGUAAGGGUUCAGCCGACCUCGGUGGCUUUGCAUGACUUACGCUUUAGAGCAUCGAAUUUUUAGCCAAACAUAGCAUGCUUCGAGCUUUGCUUUAAAAGAGGUUCUUGGCAACUCGCUCGAGUCUAGCUUCAAUCAAUCCUGC